AUGCCUAUUGGCGACGACAGCUAUCAUUGUGUUUUCAAACCGACGUUCCCUUCCAAUUUAACAAUAAAUGAAAUUAUAAGUGUUAUUAAAGCACCUAGCAAUAAUCAAAAAGCAAAAACAUUUCCAAAUGCUUUCAUCGCGUAUAAAAAAGCAUUAAUUAAAGAGAAUCGUAUUAGAAACAUUAAACUACCUCCAAUGGGCAAGCUUUCUAAAAUUGCAUCAUAUUAUUGGGAUGAAGAACCAGAAAUCGUAAAGAAAUUUUACAAAAAGUUGUCCGAGGAUGCUAAAUCUUUGUAUAAGCAAAAUGGGAUUCAAAUCAUAUUUGAUAAACGUAUGAAUGAAGUUGAAGAAAGCGGGCAGGUUGGGCAGGUUUCACGUGUGACAAGUGAAAUUAGAUCUGACUCGGAUUAUGUCAAUUAUACCCAACGUAUUGAGGUUCCCGUUGAGUAUAUAAUUAAAACACAAAAUUCAACAAGUGGGUAUUUUCCGGUUGAAGAUUAUUCUGCCAGCGUUAUGAAUUCUUUCCUUGGCAGCAAUCCUAAUAAUAGCUCACAAGACAGUUUUCCUAAUAGUAAUUUUUUCGAAGACGCGUAUAGAAUAAAUGAAGUGAAUAUUAACCAAAAGGAUAAUAGAUUUUUUACACCUGCAAAUCAUGUCAAUACCCAAGGCAUUGAUGUUCCCGCUGAGUAUAUAAUUAAUACGCAAAAUUCAACAAGCGGGUAUCUUCCGAUUGAAGAUUGCGUUAUGAAUCCUUUCCUUAACAGAAAUCCUAUUAAUAGCUGUUUUCCUAACAGCAGCUUUUUCGAAGACACGUAUAGAAUGAAUAAAGCACCUAUCGAUCAAGAGGAUGUUGGAUUGUUUACACCUCCGCGAGUUGCAAAUCAUGUCAAUUAUACCCAAGGCAUUGAGGGUACAAACUUUACGCCGAAUACGUAUCUUCCUUUUGAAGAUUAUUCCACUUGUAACCCUUUCGAAGAGUAUGGAAUGGAACAUAAUUUUAAUGAUUUCGUAUUAGUUGAAAAUAAUCAAGAAAUUGUACAAGUUUCACCUUGUGACGCAAAAACGAAUUGCAUCAAUUAUGGAACUGUGGGAGUUCUUCCCGUUGAAAAUAUAAUCACGAACCUUUGA